GUCAGACAGAGGAGGACUUUCCUUCUGAUCAAACCUGCCACACAAAGAGGGACAAUCACAGACUCACAACUGAUCUGGGUGAACAUUACUCCACUGGGCGUAAAGUGAAAGCAGGUACGUACUCUGGUAAGAUUUAGUACAUUGUAGAGCUUCAGUAAACAGCAGCUUUAGGACGAGAAACUGUAAAUGUUAUCAAUCAUCCUCCAUCAACUUUUUUCGGUGUUACAUAGUGAUUAUCUGUGUUUGCCCUCUCAUUUUUCUGGGUGUCUCCCUGACAUGAUAGUCGCCGGUCCUGCUCUGUGCUUUCCUUGGCUUUUCAUUAAUCAUUUAUCUCUCCGACGGAUGGUAACCCUUGGAUAAAUAUGCUCUCUGAGUCCAUUUUCUAUUUGCUAUGUCACUAAUCUGGAGGACAAAGUCCUUAAGAGAAUUUGUGGAGAUAAAUUUAUGACUGGAUUCACAACUACUGGAGUUGUAUAAGUGAUAUUUCCACUCUGAAUUUGGCAGAACGCCUCAGUUUUGCAUAAGCUGUAGUAUGGAUCUAUCUACUUUCAGAUAAAGAUCCUUAAUCUGUGGUCUGUUUGUGUUUUUCCCUUUAGUUCCUUAAGGGAUGUGGGUUUGCCUUUGCGCCUUAAAUAACCGAAGGGUUUGCGGGCAUAGCUGUAUAAAAGGACUUUAAAUUUGUAUCAAUAAGUACUAAUAAUUCUGGGCUAAAUUAUUUUGUGGCUAAAAUAUAGAGGAACAGAAACAUGUAUGUUUGAAUGUGGAUGUCCAUUCAUAUUAAGGUAACAGCAGUAUUUUUUGGAAAGUGGUAGGACAGGAUCAUCUGCAUGUCUAAAGGAUGAGACUAAGGAAUGCUUCUCAGAGCACAUGUUCCUUAUAGGGAGGGAGUGUAGUGUGGGAAGGUCUACUCUUCAACUGACCAUGUAAUGAGAGAUUGCUGGAAACUCUGCUUCUCUCAACACAAUCUGUAACCAUUUGUUGUGUCACUUUUUUGGUUUCUUUUUUUUAGGUAGCCUGUAAGAAAACAGAGGGAAAGAGGGAGCGAAACUUCUAGAACAAGCAUGUCAAAAGGUAAGCUGACUGAUCACAUCUGAAUGUGAGAUGACGUGUUUCCUUGAGUGAAAGAAGAAGAGGGUAUCUGAGGGUGUGUCCCUGAGCCAGACUGAUGACUCUGUAAAUUCUGAUCUCCUCACUGUUCCCGUUUUAAUGCGAGAUACAAGCGGUUGAUCACGUAGUCAUGAUGUAGUAUGUGUGGCUAAAAGGGGCUGAAUAUCAAAGGUGCAAUGAAGCAGAGAGUGAAUAAAGAUGCCGGUAAAUUACAGUCCACACUGUGGUUUUCGUCCAAGAUUUGUGUGACAUGUUUGCGUUUCAGAGGGGGACAAAUCAAGUGUGUUUCGUACCACCAAAGUACGCACCAGGCUGAGGGAUGACAACAGUUGGCUGCAGCGCCGUGUUGAACCUGAGGCUGACACUGAGGAGGACAAACCAUGGUAAAUCACAUGCCUUGAGUGCUGUCCAUCAUCAACCAGUCAUUUGAAGGGAAAUAACCAAGUUUCUGUGAAUCUAUGCAGGUUGGCAGAAGUGAGGGCCAGAAUCAAUGGAGCUCCUCCUGAGACCAGCCCAGUAUCAUCACCGACAAAACCCACCCCACCUCCCACCAACUCAGACCCCCAAAAGUAAACACAGAUUUCAAAUGUUGCAGUCAUCUAUUUACAACUUUCAAGUCUCACAGUUGAUAUGAUCGUCCUGAUAAUAAUGACUCUGUUUCUCUUCUAGAGCACCAUCAGGGUUCAUGAUCAGGUAAGACUAGCAUUUGCAAAUUUAUUUAUACUAUGUGGGAGCACACAUUUAAUUCAAAAGCAGAGGCAGAGUUACUGGAGGGGUGAAUGAUCAAAGAUAUAAGGGCUAUUUGGUUGUUUUAUGUAAUCAUUGGUUACAUAACAGAAAGUUAUGUGCAUUUUCACAGUUUUGUUGUGUUUUUCAGAGGCAUUUUCCAUAAACUUGACAAGCCUGAUGCACCAACAAACCCACCCUCAACUAACGGACUGAGGUAAAAGAGUGUCUCGCUUUAAUAUCUCCAAUAACUCUGAUCGACUUCUCUGGUUUUCAUUCAAUGUUAUCAUUUUUUCAUUACAGCGGAACAACACAGUUCACCAAAAAACCUUCAGAGAGCUACAAGAAAAUGUGAGCACUCACCGAACAGAUUUAAAUUAAAGUGCUGGCAGCUGAACGCAUUGUUGAGAAAGUGUCUGUUCUUACUUUUGUUCAUCAGAGCCCCCUACACUGUGAAGCCCACUUUGGAGAGCCAGGAGAACCAGCUUAGCCCAGAGGAGCAGGAAAAACGGUAAGACUCUUCCUACAGCAGGUAGUACAUCUAAUAUGAACUCUUAUAAUCAAAGAGGAGAUUACAUUUACAUCAUAAUGAUUCAUUUUUGCAGAACUGAGGCAGCUAGCAGUGUUCUGAAGAAAUCUGCGGGACGGCAACGAUCUUAUGUGCUUUCUGCUGCUAAGAAAUUCGAGUACGUGUCAUUUUUCCUAACUCUAAUCAUAAGACUCUUUAGAAAUUCUUUAAUCAUAAAAAAAUGAUUUACACCAUUCAAACGAAGUACACACUGAGGAGCUGGACGUCCUCUAAAAUGUGAUUAUGAAUGAUGAGCGUAUUUCAAGUUUAUUAAAGUUAUGUGUUAAAAUAAAUCGCAGGUCAAAAGCAGAAACGCCUGAAGCCCCACCAGUCGAUGGCAGUCUAGCAUUUGUUGCUAAAAGGUAAGUGUUCCCUCUUAAAUUUCUCAAAGUGAAACAAAAAGAAAACUUCAAGUCCAAGCAUGUUAUCAAAUAUUUCUCCAUGCUUGGCCACAAAUAUGCAGGGUGGAGAUUUCAGAAGAUGAUGAGAGUGCUGCAACUCCAGCACCUGUCAUCUCCCCACCCUCAAACCCUGUCGCCCCCAUCACAUCUGCCUCCUCUGCACCGCAGCCUAAAUUACCCCCAAAGCCGUAAGUCCUGCAGUAUAAGUAUUUCCGCCUUUACUGCAACACUUAUCUCUUGUUCCUUAAUUUCAUUUGCUGUCUGUGUGGCCUGCAGAGUUGACACCAGUGUUCCAAAACCUGUGGAGGUCAAGGCUGAUCAGCCAGAAGCUCCAAAGACAGAGGAGAAAACCGCUGUCCCAGAGCCUGUCAAAGAAGACCCCGCUCCAGUACCUGUCCCAGAAAAAGAUCCAUUUGAAGGCAUGAAACCAGGGUGCACCAAAGUGGACACACCACUUCCUGAGCUCCUUCCUCAGGAUGUUAAAAUAAUCCCCACAGAGCCAGAACCAGAGGAUACCAACAAAGUUGAAACACCUCUGGUUGACAUUGGCCCAGCAGCCACAACUCCAGCUUCACCUCCUCCCACACCCCCUGCCCCAGUCCCUGCAGUCCCACUUUCUCCUACUCCAGUUUCUCCUCUGCCCGUUCCUUUAGUCCCCCUGUCUCCUACCCCAGCUCCUGCAGUCCCACUUUCCCCCACUCUAGUUCCUCCUGCACAGGCUUCAGCAGUCCCACUUUCCCCCACUCCAGUUUCUCCUACCCCAGUCCCUGCAGUCCCCCUUUCUCCUACCCCAGCCCCUGCAGUCCCACUUUCCUCCACUUUAGUUGACACCAGUGUUCCAAAACCUGUGGAUGUCCAGGCUGAUCAGCCAGCAGCUCCAAAGAUAGAGGAGAAAACAGCUGUCCCAGAGCCUGUCAAAGAAGACCCCGCUCCAGCACCCGUCUCAGAAAAAGCUCCGGCAGUCCCACUUUCCCCCACUCCAGUUUCUCCUACCCCAGCACCAGUAGUCCCACUUUCCCCAACUCCGGUCCCUCUUGCCCAAGCUCCAGCAAUUCCACUUUCCCCCACUCCAGUUUCUCCUACCCCAGCCCCUGCAGUCCCCCUUUCUCCUACACCAGCUACUGCAGUCCCACUUUCCUCCACUUUAGUUGACACCAGUGUUCCAAAACCUGUGGAUGUCCAGGCUGAUCAGCCAGCAGCUACAAAGAUAGAGGAGAAAACAGCUGUCCCAGAGCCUGUCAAAGAAGACCCCGCUCCAGCACCCAUCUCAGAAAAAGCUCUGGCAGUCCCACUUUCCCCCACUCCAGUUUCUGCUACCGCAGCACCUGCAGUCCCACUUUCUCCAACUCAAGUUCUUCCUGCCCAGGCUCCAGCAGUUCCCCUUUCCCCCACUCCAGUUUCUCCUACCCCAGCUCCAGCAGUCCCCCUUUCUCCUACACCAGUUUCUGCAGUCCCACUUUUGCCAACUCCAGUUUCUCCUGCCCAAGCCCCUGCAGUCCCACUUUUUUCCACUCCAAUUUCUCCUACCCCAGCCCCAACACUUCCCCUUUCUCCCACUCCAGUUUCUCCUACCCCAGCCCCUGCAGUCCCACUUUCCACCUCUCCAGUUUCUCCCACCACAGCUUUAUCAGUUCCUCUCUCUCCCACUCCUGUUGUCCCAGCUGGAACUCCAGCAGAAUCACUUUCCCCAACUCUAGUUUCUCCAACCCCUGCUCCAGCAGCUCCACUUUCUCCUCCUCCAGUUCCUCCUCCCCGCGCCACAGCAGUUCCCCUUUCACCGACUCCAGUUAAUCCUACCCCAGAUCCUGCAGUCCCACUUUCUCCUCCUCCAGUUCCUCCUCCCCGUGCCACAGCAGUUCCACGUUCUCCUCCUCCAGUUCUUCCUCCCCGUCCCACGGCAGUUCCACUUUCCACAACUCCAGUUCCUCCUGCUCAAACUCCAGCAGUCCCACUGUCACCCACUCCAGUUUCUCCCACGCCAACUCCAUCUCUCCCAAAAUCACCUCCUCCAGUAUUGUCCACUCCUUUGUCACCUGUUCCAAUUUCAUCAGAGCUGGUGUCUGCUGUAACAGCGAUUACAGUCAAGAAGGAACCCGAAGUAGAGCCUGAACCAGAACCAGAACCAUCUUUAAACCUAAGGUAAGAAUGUAUUUUUAAUUCAUUUCAGUGGCAUUUGCUAUAAAUGAUUAUCAUAUUGGACUCUGUGGGACUAUACCGCUUCAUCAUUGAUAGCAAAUUUAUUAUUCCUGUCAAACUUCAUCACAUUAAUUCCACUUACCUUUACAAAUGUAUUUCAAUUAAAAGUCUUUGUAAGCUUGAAGCACUGGCAGUUGAAGAAAUGUUUUUUGUUGUUACUUUAACAUCUUAUUCGUAGAACAUGUAUGACCUUUGUAAAGGCCUGCUUACACUAUUUUGUGCUUACAUAAAGUGGAUACCAUUUAACUUAAUGUCCUGGAUUUGGGAUUUGAUAUCGAAGCAUCAGACUAUCUACACAGUUUUGGCUAUACUUCAGUGUAGAAUAGUAUACUUUUUUUUUUAAAUUAUUUCUCAGCUUUAGUCUUUAGCAAACAAGAUCUCUUCAACAAUCACUUGAUGCAAAACUUUGCACCUUGUUAUUGAGGAAAAAAUUAAACAUUUUGUACAUAGGUAAAAUAGCUCCAUCUCAACUAGUUACAUUAACAAAACACAUAAGUGGUAACGACACUGUUGUUUGUUUCAUGUAGCAAAUUAAAAAUCACUCAUACAGACAGUUGAUUGGCUGUAGACUUUUUGUUAAGUUAAGACAAAACUGCCGUCAGGAUCUGUACAAUAUUCCUAAUAACAGUACAAGCAGUUACAUACUUAUUCACUGCUUCGUUCACUAUAGAGGACGUUAACAUCAGUUAAAUAUGUAUAAAAAUCUGAAGCUGAGCCCAAGACUCUAAGAUAAUGUUACACUAAAUACUUUUAAAAUACAAGGAUAUUAUAAUUCUUAAAGCGGCGUGAGGAACUUCGGGUUCAUGUUGAUAUUGACGCCCCCUGUUGACAAAGUGAUACCCUUAACCUCUUGUCCUGCGCUUGUGAAAGUAGUAUUUUCAGACAAAACUUCAUCCUGUUAAGAGGGAGAUAUAUCACAGAUUCUGAAUAUUUUCUCACUACAGUGAGAAAUGAUCACCCUCCCUACUGAUCGUCACUUACUUUUUAAGGUCAGAAAGAGGCAGUAGUGUCAGUUUCAGUUUGAUUUUUAAUUAGUCAAAAACUCCUUAUAGUGCCUUUAAUUUAAGCUGCAGAAAUGCUUUCAAAUGGUUUUCUUUCUGUGCGUCAGUUUGUUUACUCUUGUUCUUUUCACAUGUGUGAUUGAAAGCUGCCCUGGAAUGUCAAGUGUUUGUUCUCCAUCUAUUUUCACAGCUCGGGAGGUGACACUCUCAACGCCUUGUCCGACACCCUCAUUUCUCUCAACCCAAGUUCAACCAGGUAUUUGAAAAAAAAAGAUAAAUGGAGCAAAAAGUAAAUAUAGAAAAAAAAAGACAGAUUAUCGUGUUGUUGCCCUUCAGGCCAUCAGAUAAUCAAAGUUGCUCUCCCCUUCAGUUUGCAGGAUGAUGAGUCAGAGCAGGAUCUAGAAGAAGGAGGCUGCUCUCACAUUGUCGAGGACAGGUAUGAGAUUUUUUACCAACUUUUCACUCAUGUCAGAGCAGAGUUGGUGAGAAAACAGAUAAUGGCAGACAGACUCUGUGCUUUCUUUAAAGUUAUCACAAAAAGCACUACACCUCAAUUUUAAGGUGCCUGGUACCCUCUCUGCGCAGAGGCUGAAAGAAAAGCUCUGAAAAGUUGUUUUGCUUACAGUGAUGAAGAGGAGCCAACUCCAGAUAUCAGUGACAUGACAGAAGAGCUGCUGCCUCUCACUGAUGGGUUUGUCAUAAAUAAACUCUUACCCUCUCAGCAUCCAAUUCUCACAUUCGAAGAUCUACACAUUUUAUUCUCUAGGUGGCACUGUUGAACUUCUUAUGAUCUCCUCCUCUCCUCUACCUCAGUUGGCCUGUUCUCGUUCUGAAAUCUCCUCUGAAUCCAAAAUCCCUUUUUGUUUAACACAUUCUCCACUUCCCUCUCUUUCUCUCCUCCUUCCUUCCUCCUCCUUUCCCCUGCAGUCCCAAGGAGUCGACACAGACCGUUCCCCUCAGCCCAGGACGCUGGGGUCAGGAUCUGCUCGGUGGACUAGACAGGUAAGAGUUCCUUCCUACCCAAGCCCCGAGAACAAAGUUACCCAAAGAAUUAUCCUUUCAUCAGUGGAAAAUCAAUAACUCCCUUGUCAGUAGCAAGCACAGGCUUUACCUUAACUCACCUCUCUAGAGCUCGUGUUGCAUUUUCAACAGAGCUUACACACAACCUCCUCUGCAUUUGACUUUUGUUUGAUGUCUGGUGUUUGCAGUGAGUGGAAGCCAACAAAGACUAGUAGCACUCUGGGUCCCCAGGAUAAUGAUGUCAUUGUAAGGAGUGUAGAGAUACGCAGGUAAGAAAGGCACACACACCUGCUCACCGUCCCUCCCUCUUUUUGUAUCAUUCAUUCUUAUCCCCACAGAUGAAGAGGCCAAGCUUCCCCGAGGUAUAAGAUUUUUAAUAAAUCCCCUCCUGCCUCAGGUUUGAUCCAUAAAUCAAGGCUCCCCCACUUCUAGGAUUCUAUUUUAACCCCUGCUUUUUUUCCGCACAGAAAUAGAGUCCCACUUUUCCUGAAUCGUCAUGAAAACACUUAAAAACAGAAAACCACAUCUUAUCUGCAGCACGACUGGAAAUAGAAGAGAAUGUUCAGUACUGAUUAGUAUUGCGGCUUUGUUUUUGUCUCCACCAGCCUCAGCAUGCAGCCAGAGGAGGAGAAACCGACAGUUGAGACAGCCAAAGAGACACAAAGGUAGAAGGAGAUGACAGGCUGCUCUUAAACAAUUAUCUAUCUAUGCAGAACUCUUCCUGCUCAGAAAUGCCUUCGACUCAGAUAUGCCUUGUAAUGAUUUACACUAACUCUGCCUGCAACUGUGCUGUUUCUCUCUGCCUGCCAGCUCCACUGAGACAGUUACAGUAACCACCAAAACUGUGAUCAUUACUGACAAAAGGUAUCACAAAACACACACACACACACACACACACACACACACACACACACACACACACGCACAGCUGGUCUGUUGUGUACUCUGUUAGGAUGGUUUUCAUCUCUUUUAAGUAGUUCAGUGUGUUUCAAGCUAUUCCACUGGACUGGUGUUUUAAAUAGUUUAUGAGAAGAACCACACUAACCUUUAUUUGCCCUUUUGUUUCUUGCAAUUGUGCCGUUCAUCCGUACCACCCUACUUACGUCUCUUUUUCCUGCAUCUGUGCAGCGAAGAGGACAGUGCAGAUCCUUGGAGCUCCCGGGUGAAAACAACUAGAUUCACUGAAUCAAGGUAGUUUAUUUACUACUGUGUCAAACUGACACCAUAUUUUCUAUGCGUCGUAUUUUAACUUUCUGUGUAUAUAGUGUUUUAAAAAAGAGUUCAUUUAAUGAAGUUGUGUGUGGAAAAACAUUUGCAGAAAAAAUUGGAUUUUCUAGAGAGCGUUAUGGCAAACACAAUGAACUGUUCAGGAAAGUUUUCUCUUGUUGGCAUGUUAUCUAAUAACGUACUUGAUUUUUCCAAGCAUCUCUUCAGUUAAAAGUAAUUUGUAUAGACUGGAUUCAGGAUUCAUUUAAGCGAUCACAUCAUGAAACGCACUGACUUUGCCAUUCAGCAGGAGAAUCAUCCUUUCCUUUGUUAAAGACAUCCAGAUUCUGACUUUGAUUGAGUUUGUCCCCGGCUUCCUCCGUGUUUCUGUUUACCAUUCAAACUGCAUUAAAUCUUUCCAUUAUGAGUCAAUGUGAUCAGAAUUCCUCUGACACAAGAUGGGCCAUGCUGACAAUUGAGAGUGAAAUCAGUGUGAAAUUGUUUUUCAGCUCGGCUGAUCCGUUUGAUCCAUAUCCGAUAGGGACCACAUCCCCUAACAGGUAAUCAUAUUGGUUUGGAGCUGUGACUGUUUUUUUCCAGCCAGCCAGAUAGCAUCUCAGCAUGCAUAAUGCAGCAGUUUCUGAUUACGAGCCACUUUUCCUCCAUUGCAGAGCCUCUGACCUGCUCCAGCCUCGCGCAGAUAUUUCCAUCAACAGGUACUGGAAUGAUAAUGCAAACUCCUUCUUUUUCUAUAUCAUGACCCCUGUUUAUUGAAAAAUACUGUUAUGCUACUGUAUAUCAUCAUGCGCAUGGCUUCAUGAUAAUAUACAUGUAAUUGUAGAGUUUUAUUCAUAAUCAGCAGCAAUUGUAAUGAUACAUUCUGAGUGGUUAUUGUUUUACUCAGAAUAAUUGCAUCUCUUUCAGAACAUCAACUACUUACACUGAGAAGAAAGAUCCAACUCCGGAUAUACUGUAAGUUUUCAAUUGAUCAGGUCACCUUUUCAUGAACCACGGCUGCAAAAAUUUAUUCAUUCAUCCUCCAAUAUUUUUUGUCAGAUUUAUUAAAUAUUUAGCCUGUGACUGUGUAGUUAUUAGUAUAAAACCCCAAAAUAUUCAAAUCUAUGACAUAAUAAAACAAGUAAAAAUGAAGGCUAGGAGAGCAUGAGUUGCAAACGGCAGGAUUCUAACAUCCCUCACUAGACUUGAGGCAUUACAGUGCUUUAAAACCUCUGUUUAAUUUUUAAUCUUUACCUUUUAAAACAUGUCUUUCCUCUCUUCUUUCUUACAGUUUGAGCAAAAAUGCAUUGGGAUCCCUUGCAGAUGACAUUACCUCUACCAACACCGAUACUAACAGGUAUUAAACUGAUUCUAGUGCACUGUUGUGUUAUGAAUACAUAGUGAGAGAUAGGGGGGAAUGAAAGCAGUGGCUAUACAAAAAUGAAUCUCUCUGACCGCACACAUUACUGUCUGAUAUGCCUGAUCUGUCACAACCUCUACAUCGUCUCUUCAGCCUCAGAACUCCCCGGUCAUGGGCACACACGUGGGACACCAGCACGACUCGGCGCACUUACACAGAAGAGAGGUGAUGGCACACUCUGAUUCACUCUCACACUUCCACACAGUGCACAUCACCGUGUUUCAUUCAUUCUUUCACAUGCUCCUAUCCAUGUGCAUUUGGAGCUAAAAGCCUUUCAAUGUAUGUCCCCUUUCAGCCGAGACACCAAACCCGAAGUCCAGGCUGCAGAUGAAAACAUGAUGGUCAAGUUUGAGCGAAAGUAAGUCAUGCUUUUCAUUUAAAGCUUUGUGCGCCUAUCUGCUCCAUUUAUCGCCAUAACCUCCUUUCCUUUCACUACGGUGAAGGCUUUUGCUGCAUCUACUCAGUGAGCCAGAAAACAUUGUGCUCUGGUGCUCACAAAAAUAGGUCAGAUAUAUAUUUAUUACGACUUUAACCCACAUCUGGAGUAAGCAGAUCCCCUUUCAUUCUUUUUUUCUUUACAAAUAGAGAGAAUUUUUCCUUAAAUGUCAAGUUCGGUUUGUACUUCAGGUCCAAGGAGAAUGAUUCUCCGUGGGACAGGUGGACGUCACCCACUGUCUAUACCUACACUUCUUCUACUGGAGAUGGAGAGGGGGACAAAAGGUAUCUUUACAGUAGCUGGGCUCAUUGAACACACAUUCAAGUGCUUUAUUCCUCUCUACUUUAGAUAGAUGUGAUUUAAAUUAAGUGCCUGUCGAGCAUUUAAUUGAAAACAAUCCAAAACCAAGGUCCAUACGGCUUAGUGUGAGAAUAAUCAGCUACCUCUAAACUUGUACUUUACUUAAAUUCAUCACAUCUUUGCCUGCUCUGCCAGACUCAUUGUAAUGCAGGGAUGUCCUCUGUUUUGCAGCACCCAGGAAACACACACAGUCUCAACAAUCACCACUAUCAGGUUUGAAAACAUCUGAAUUUUGAAUCUCAAGUCUUUAGAUCAAAAGCCAGGAGAGGGGAAGGAAUUGAGAAUGUGAAAAAUAUGUAGGUGAAUGUUUUACAAACAACAAAACUCAGAGGGUGGGCUCAGGAUGAGGAAAUUCUGUCAUACGACAGAAAACACAGCACAUCUGGUCAAUAAAUCCCCACCCUUCUGGUGCUGUGAGUCAGAAAAGAUCAGCUUCAUACACUUAUAAAAACUGCAAAAAUCUUGUUCACUGGAUAGCAUCCAGCUUAUUGACUUCUACAGCCCACAGUAAAAAAGUCUAAUACAGCUCGCCUUGCCUUCCAGGGAGAGAUACAGCGAGCCAGAGCCGGUUAUGGAUCGGUAAGUUUAUGAUCUUGUUAACGUCAGACGGUAUAAUGCAAGAAUAACUUCUCCAGAGUGUUAUUUUCUCCUAUUUGCUCUGUUGAUUUUCCUACUUUUGUGAAGACACUCUCCUCCUUCCAAAGCAUUGGUGUUAUAUGCAUUGCAUUGGAAGGAGGGUAUUGUAUUACUGGAUGAAUAUUUUUAGAAAUGGCAUGGAACAACAGGGAAAUUAAAAUGAUCCAUUUGAAACUAUGCAUUUAAAAUGAAACUCAUGAUGCUAGACAGGUAAUCUUGGCUCACGACACACCUUCACCAGCAAAUUUUCUUUUGUUUCUGUGUCUGUAACUUUACUCUAAGAUUUAGGCCAAACCCUGUGCGAACACAGCUGCAUCCCUCCCUAUAUAGAGUGUCAUGACACGACUCUAGACAGAGUCCUGACUCAACUCUAUUACUGAAAUCAAAUGACAAGAUCUGCCUCCCCUCCCCAUUGUCUUUCAGUCUGCCCUCAUUUUCCUCCCUCUAAUUAUCAGUCUCCAGAUGUCAGAUUAAUGAUGUGCAUUAGAGAUGUCCUUUUGUCGAAUCACGGCAUGUUAAGUGGCGUGCCAUUAACGAGUGAUGGCAGAAAAUGAUUAUCUCCUGAGUUACAUUUGACAGAUAUGGAUCCCUCUGUUUAAGCCAUCACACUCCUGUCACUUCUGUCAUCAGUGAGUGAGAGACUAACUCUGCUGCUGCACUCUGUCUCUAGUUAUGGCACCUAUACCAGGACUGUGACAGAAGAGCAGCGUGUCCCAACACCAGAACCUGAGACUAAGAAGUGAGUGGCAUGAGACACUUGAUAUUCAGACAAGAGUGACAGCUGAAAGUCACCUUAACUCGCAUGUUAACUCUCUCUUUCCUUUAUCUGCCUCUGCCAAAGAGGGUUUGUGUAUUUGAAGGAGUAUGUCAAUGCAACAGAGCUGUCCCUGCAUAAUGCCAGAGACACAACCGAUGGGUAAGAACAUUAUAUAAUCAACAUAAACAAACACCGUUGUCAUUGAUUAAUAUAUGCUGGUGUCUCUGUGACUGAUUUACUCUUUGUUUCCCUGCAGUGGUUUAGGUUAUUUGACAUCAAGUUCUGCAAAUUACUCAUACAGCAGCCCCUCCAGGUGAGUAAUGCUCUAUACAGUUAUCUAAAUCUCUAUGAAGCAAGCAUGAACCCUGUCUUGCUCCCCACUUCAGCCUCUUUUAAAGACAAAUUAUCUGCUCUCACUUAUUCACCAAAACCUGACAUUUAAACUGUAUUUGUCUGUUUUUUUUUAAACUCCUUUUAAUGCCCACACUUGGACUAAGGCUUCAAAUCCUAUUAGAUCUCAGAUUAACAAAAUUAACUUCUACUAACCGAUUGUACAACUUUCCACACACGCAAGUCUGCUUUACAAACGCUUCAAUUUAUACCUUCUAUUCUAACAAUUUCAGGGUCUCACCUUCGUUUAAUAUCAAUAGGCCACUUGAACACAUCACUUUCCAGCAACCUCAACCUUGAGUUAACUCGGCACUAACACUUUGAUGACACUCCAGAGACAUUCAGUGUUUUUACUCUGACAGAGCUCAACAACUCUUAGCGCUGUAGUUUCAGUAGCCUUCAGUGUUUGUGUUGGGGCUGUCACUUUAUAAGUCUCUCUUGCAGCUUAGAUAUGAGCCUUUUCUUCAGGGAACUUUGCUUGUUUGCAUAAUGGAUCAAACAUCUCUCUGUAUCUGACGUCAUGGUUGUCAGUUACCCAAACAGCAGCCCCCCUAAUUAAAACUAGUAACAUCACAACUCCCUAAACCAGUUUUAAAGCUGCUAUAAGCCUGACCCUUUCCCCUCCGCCUUAUUAUCUCUGGUUUUAACGAAACCAGUGCAAGCAGCAGGGCAGAAAUUCCAGCAAGCUUGCUCAUUAGGAGGCUAAGUGGGGACAUCAAAGGAUUAUUUACACUUAUUAGGUUUCCCUGCACAACACAGAGGAGAUCACAGGUUAUUUUAUCAGGCAGAGAUGCAGUUGCAUGAGAGCAGCACUGGUCAGCUGCUAACCUGUCUCCUUCUUGAUGUCUCCCCAGUGGCUCGCUGUCAUCUGCCUGUAACUACUGUGGAAAGCCGGUUGGCAACGAUGCCAAGAUCUCCAUUGAACACCUCAAUAUUAACUGCCACCCUUCCUGCUUCAAGGUAACAAACCAUCUGCUCAGCUGUGGGCGAGAACCUAGAGUGUACAAUAUGAUUGGAGUUUAAACCUCCUUACGGCUGUGCCUGAGAGGAUUCAUCUCGUUGAAAUUUCUGUCCAAUAAGAUUUGACAAUAAUGUCAACAUAUCCAUAGGUUUUCAUUGCUCUUACCAAGAUAAGUUAUUUAGCACUCUUACAUCUGUCUCAUAAAUCUGCAGGGGGACGUUUUUUGACAAGUGUUGCCAAACCAGGGCACUGACUGACAUGAAAUAUGUGUCCAACAUUGACAGUUUCUGUUGCAUUUCAACUCUUCAAGUCAUGGAAACAUAAAAAUCUUCUAAACUUAGGGGUGUAGUGUGUAGAAAUGGGGAAACUGAACAUUCUAUAGCAUUCAGAUUUUAGACUGAAAUUCUCCCCAUGUAAGGGGACCUGCUCCUAAGUAGCUAUAACAGGCAAACCUUGAGUUACAAAAAGCAUGAUAUUUAUCCUUUUAUUUUACUCAAGGCAGCCAAAAUUAUUUCUUUGAACUGAACCUCGUUCACUCAGUCGUACAAAAAAGGAUUUGGGCCACAUGAAGAGAAAAAAAUUAAUUACAGGAAGGACAUUAAAGUUGAAAUUUCAAGAAAAUGUCAACAAUAACGUCAAAAUUUCGAGAUUAAAAAAAAAUUAGAAUUUUGAGAUUAAAGUCGACGUGAAUAGUUGAAAUUUUGACUUUUUAAAAUUUCGAUUUCAGUCUUGAAAUUGAAAUAAAAAAAAUCUCCCUCCUGUCAUUAUUUUUCUCUUCUUGUGGACCCAAUCCUCAUCCAUACAAUCGGCAUACCAUCUCUAAUUGUUCAAAAUCUUUUUUUCCUGAAAUAUAAUGUACGUUUAACUGUUGCAUGUUUCUAGUUCCAUUACCUGCUUAAUUAUGCUUUCAUAGCUGCCCCAGUUUUGUAUAUAGUGUGUUGCGGUGCAAUGAACAAGAACAAGAAAAUUCCAGUAACAGUGCUGCCCUUCCCUGCAUUUCAUUAUUAAUUGGAUUUAUAAGAGUCUCCUUGUUUUUCAGUGCGCCGUAUGUGAAAGGCCGAUGGGAGACCUUCUCCACUGCAUGUUUCUACAUGAUAAGAAAGUCCACUGCGACAGCUGCUACGCCAAAAUCUGAUUGUGGAAGCUUUUCAGCGGCCUCUCAUCCUCACCCUCUUCACUUCAUGUUCAUUUGCAUAUAAAGAGAGAACCGGUCAGUCAAACAGUUUGGACCAUGCCUGGUUUAGACUGGGCACAGAUGAGGUACAGGGCGAUCAAAGACACUGUUACAGAGAACACUGUUAUUACUUACUGUUGACUCUUACAUUAGGUGAAAUUUCCAGUUUCUCCCACAUAUUGUACAAGCUUGUGAUGUUCUUUUUUCCUUUUGGUGACAGCUGUAUCUGCCUCAGUGAACAAUGAAGGAUGAGUCUGUGCAACAUUUAGCAGGCUAAUACUGGCAUAUGGGUUACUAUAUUAUUAUUUGGCAGCAAUAGUUAUUCAGGACAAUGACUUUGUUACAAAAUGUUUGCUUAUUUUCUUCUUACAAAAUAGAGUGUAAACUUGUGAUACUUUGUUAAUAAAAUAAAAUGAUUUACAAAA